AUGAAGCGCAGUCAUUACGCUUGCGACCAGUGCCGGAGGUCGAAGCGAGCUUGCGAUGCACCACCUCUCCUUGGUCCCGGAGCUUCGAGACGCCGCCCCAUAACAACCGGCGAACCGCUUGGGCCAGCGUCUGAGAGGGACCACGAGGCCUGUUCUUAUUGUACCAAGACAAAGAAAACAUGCACCAUGAAUUGGGCUUGGGCACAAUUGCAGCCUGCCUCCCCAUCAAGUAAUGCUAACUCCGCGGUAUAUUCGUAUAAGACAGAUCGUGAUCUCAAUACUGCGACCAAGAGGCAAAGACCAGAUCCGCUGGCGCCACAUUUAACCACGGACUUCAUGUCCUCGCCCACGCGUAUCCAUGGCACAGAACAACCUGUUCAAGAUCCAAAUCGUCUUAAACAAAAGCCACGAUUACCCAGUCUUUAUACAGUCACUCAUUCCUCAACCGCAACGGUUACUUCGAGCCACUCAGCAGGUCCAGGCCUUGAAAUUUCGCAGACACAAAGUAAUGCAAGACGUUCAAGCAGCUCGACCAACUUACCUGAUCACUACUUAUCAUCUCAUUUACCACCUAACGAGUCGCCAAUGUCGAUUCAGUCUCAAGUCAACCACUGGUCUACUCUCCAGCAGUCAGUUACCAAAGACUCCCAUAGCCAAGGAUCUAUAUCACGAUCUACGAUUGGCAAUACUGAUGACGAAGACAAAGCAAUCAGAGCAAAGCGUCGUCGUACUUCAUCAACAUGGAGUGAUCGCCGCCAACCCUCUUUAUCUUCCUUCUCUGUUGACCAGACUAUGAUGACCAGAUCCAACAACGAGUAUAUAUCUACAAAUCUUUUGCAAAUCUAUCAUGACGUACUUGAGCACAAUCUUUCUUGCUGGCUUACGGAAGUUACCUGCCCCUAUAGGGCACCUGGCUAUGUGACAGGUGGUAUACAUGCUCCAACAGAAUGGGGAUCAUCAUGGUCAAAUCGCAUAUACCGUCGUACCAUCAACCUUGAUCACGCAAUCCAGACCGCAAAACUUACAAAGCUUACCCGUGCUGAGGAUCAAGCUGCAGCUAAAGCCUUCCAGCUUUCAAUAAUGGCAUUUGCCACUCAAUGGGCUCAAGGCAGUCGUCGUCAGCAGCAGCGUUAUUCUGGCGAUGAUAAUGGGGUACCAGAUGAUAUACUUAAUGAUGUCACGGAGGAGUUCGACCGCAACAUUCAGCGAAACAUCUGGGAGCAAGCUAAAAGGGCUCUUCAAGAAGUUGCCGAUGUGGAAUCAUAUCGUGUGGCCACUGCAGAGCUGAUAUUUGGUUUGACGCAGAAGCCUUGGACUCGUGACGAUGAACCUAUGAGAACGAAGAGUAACCCCAAUACACUGACCAAUGCUCAAGCGAGAGUUGAUAUGACAGCCCUAAAUUCUGAGCUAGGGGAUAUCAUUUCACGAGAUGGCCUGCCAGUCUUCAUAAGAGAGAGCUGCCCGCAAAAUGCACGCUCUGAAAUUCCGAAUAACGAUUCGCUCUCAAUGAUGAAUCCCGAAGAUCGUGGAACUGUUGGGCUCCUGUACUGGCUUGCCGUCAUGCUUGAUACUGUUUCGUCGUCUAUGAGCGAACGUCCAGUUGUGGUAGCCGACGCAGACAGUCAACAUGACGACGCAGAUGAGGACCUUGACGCAACGACGAACGGACGAUGGAAUGUCCCACUGUUCAUCCAAGAUAGCCUGGAACAGCCGCAUAUGUAUCAUACGAUACACUGGCCUUGCUCAUACGAAUCCGCUGCUGAGGCUGUUACCAAGUCAGCACCCGUCAAGGUCCUACUCUUCCGACACAUUUCAUAUCUUCAGAACAUUUUGAGGAGGGGUGGCCGAGGAGUCAAAGUUGAAGAAACUAUCAAAACUACUACCUCGCUGUAUCGGUAUUGGAACAUGACACACGGAGCUUUCUUUAAAGAACUGCUAUAUGACUACGAAACAGUUCCUGGCCGUCUUCAGAGCUGGUUCGUUUGUAUUUCUGGCCAUUGGAAUCUUGGUGCUCUCAAUGCUCGCCGACCUUAUCGAAUACGUGGACGAGAAUGA